UGCCUAUCCGAUGUCCCUGCUGUGCAGAGACCCUGGGUGAAGCCACCGUCACCAUGUCUGACCAGGAGGCAAAACCUUCAACUGAGGACUUGGGGGAUGAGAAGGAAGGAGAAUACAUUAAACUCAGAGUCACUGGACAGGAUGGCAGUGCAAUUCACUUCAAAGUGAAAAUGACAACACAUCUCAAGAAACUCAAAGAAGCAUACUGUCCAAGAGAGGGAGUUCCAAUGAAUUCACUCAGGUUUCUCUUUGCAGGCCCGAGAAUUGCUGAUAAUCAUGCUCCAAAAGAAGUGGGAAUGGAGGAGAAAGAUGUGAUUGGAGUUUAUCAGAACAAACAGGGGGUCAUCCAAUGAUUUAGAUAUUCUUUUUAUUUUUUUCUUUACCCUCAAUCCUUUUUUAUUUUUAAAAAUAGUUCUUUUGUAAUGUGGUGUUCAAAACGGAAAUGAAAACUGGCACCCCAUCUCUUUAAAACAUCUGGUAAUUUGAAGUCUAGUGCCCAUUAUUCAUGAUCACUUGUUUUCAGUGUGCUGAUUUUUGGUGAUCAAACCUCAGCCCCCUUCAUAUCGCACUCUCCUGUUUAAAAAAAUUACAUGUGUGCACAGAGAGGCCACCACCUUUUCCAGGACUGUGCAUUUUCAGGCUUGUGAUAAAUAAGGUUGACCAAUGCGAGUGUUCGUAAUGACUUUCCAACCGGCCCUGAAGUUCUAGUAUGUGAUUGCUUCACUCGUGGACUAUGACUUUCAGUGGGAGAUGGAAGUUUUUCAGAGAAGUGAACUGUGGAAAAAUGACUUUUCCUUAACUUGAAGUUUCUUUUAAAAUUUGAGGGUCUGGACCAAAAGAAGAGAAAUAGCAAGCUGGAGUCGAGAUGACAGAGAUCGCGAGAGUAACGACUAACUCCAAAGACGGCUUCACUGAAGAGAAAGCAUUUUAAGAUAAAAGUCUUGUCAGAAGA